AUGCUCGCCCGACAUCACUCACUAUUCUCGAUUCUGGCCUCGGCCGCAACGGGCGCUCUCGCGAAGCCAUUUCAUACGGGCCGGUCAACGGACAGCGGGUCCACCUUCUCCUCGAUUGUUGUAUUUGGGGAUUCAUUCAGUGAUAAUGGUAAUGGCUCAUACCGAAUUUCCAACGGGACAUGGCCGCUCGUACCUCCAUACUACCAAGGGCACUUCUCCAACGGUCCAGUCUGGCCUCAAUACCUAGCCUCCAACCUCUCCAUCCCCCUCUACGACUACGCCACCGGCGGCGCCACGACAUCCAACAGCCUCAUUCAGGGCUACACAGGCCCCGAGUCCACCAUCCCCGUGCCCGCCGUGACGGACCAGCUCUCCUCGUUCCUGUCCGGCGUGUCCCCCCAGGGCACCUCCCUCAACGCCUCCUCCUCGUCCUCCUCCUCGUCAUCGUCACCCGGCGGCGACUUCACCACCCCUUUAUUCGUAGUCUGGGCCGGCGCCAACGACAUCUUCUUCAACCCCAACAUCAGCGCCGCCCAGUCCUACCUAGAAAUCGCCGCCGCGACAGCCAGCCUGCUCGCCGCCUACCCAGCCGGCCACGUCCUCACCGUCGCCUCGCCCGACCUGUCCCGCCUGCCGUACGGCUUCUACGCCGACGAGCUGACCAGGUCGCAGCUGACGUCCUUUACGGACCUCCUCGCCGCCCUGCUGGCCGACGGGGCGCGCCUGAGCGCCGGCGUGGACCACGUCGACCUCAGGGCCCUGUUUGCCUCGUUUGAGUACUAUGGGCAGCCGCAGUCCUAUGGGUUCGCCCCGCUGGAGGGCGCCCCUGGGGCCAACGGGACGUACACGCAGUGUGAUCAUGUGCAGGAUAUGGUGUACUGGGACGAGUAUCAAAAGCAGGGAGACAGCUCCAAGCUCAAGUGCACAAAGUAG